AUGUCGAAAAAAGAUUCUCGAACAUAUUUAUCAGAUAAUAAUCGAAAUGGAAAGUUAAAAGAUUUAUCAAAUAGAUUAUCAAAAAUUGAAAUAACUAGUAAAAGUAUUCGAGAAAAUUCAAAUAAAAAAAAUUCUCUUGAUAAAUUAAUUGAAUCAAUUAAAAAUGGUCAAUAUAAUAAAAUUGUUGUUAUUGUUGGAGCAGGUAUAUCAACAGCAAGUGGUAUACCUGAUUUUAGAACACCAGGUACAGGUUUAUAUGAUAAUUUACAACGUUAUAAUAUUCCAUAUCCUGAAGCUAUAUUUGAAUUAAAUUAUUUUAAUAAAAAUUCUAACCCAUUUUUUCAUUUAGCAAAAGAACUUUAUCCAGGAAAAUAUUUUCCAAAUAUAAAUCAUUAUUUUAUUCGUUAUUUAUAUGAGAAUAAUAUUCUUCAUCGUGUUUAUACACAAAAUAUAGAUGGACUUGAAAGAAUGGCUGGAAUUCCACCUGAUAAAAUAGUUGAAGCUCAUGGAACAUUUAUGAGUGGAACUUGUCAAAAAUGUCAUAAAAAAUAUUCAUGUGAAGAUAUUCGUCAAGAUAUAUUUAAUGAUAAAAUUCCAAUAUGUUCAAAAAUGUCACGAUGUAAUGGUAUAAUUAAACCAGAUAUUGUUUUUUUUGAUGAAGAUCUUCCACAAAGAUUUGAACUUUAUAGAAAAGAUUUACCGAUGUCUGAUUGUUGUAUUGUUAUGGGUACAUCAUUAUCUGUUUAUCCAUUUGCUGAUAUUGUUGAUUUAACAAAACAUUCAACAGUUAGACUUUUAAUUAAUCGACAAUUAGUUGGAACUUUUUUAAAACCACGAACAAAUGAUAUAACAUUAAUUGGAGAUUUAGAAACUAAUAUAAAAGAUAUUUUAACUAAAUUAGAUGCUUUUCAUUAUAUUACAGAUUUAAUGAAAAAGGAAAAUGAUCAACAUGAAUAUAAUAAAAAAUCUCGAUAUAAAAAUCAUCUUAAAAGUUCAACAACAAUAUUAAAUGAUCGAUUAAAAGCUGCUCAAACAUAUUUAAAAGAAAAAGAAAAAUUUUCAAGACUAAACUCUAACCGUCAACAAGUACAAUUAAUAACUAAACCAAAUCCUGUUUCAUAUAAUGAAUCAACUAAAAUUAUCAUCGAAAAACAUAAUGAUGCUUUAUUAUUUAAUCGAAAACGAUCAAAAUCAGCUUUACCACAUCUUCCAUCAAAACAAUCAUCAUCAUCAUCAUCAUCAUCAUCAUCAUCAUCAUUAAAUAGUUCAUUAUCUGAAUGUGAAUUAAUGCCAUUUUCUUUCAAACGCCCAUCAGACAGUAAAACUCAACCUUCAAGACAAAUCCAGGCUAGAGCAACAACAAAAGUGAAAAUAAAUCCAUUGUUAAAUGCAACAUUAAGAACAGUUUUCUAA